ACACACACACACGCAUUUUACUGUAUGUUUGACUUACAUUGGUGUGUUUAUUUUAUGUUCUGUUUAUGAUUAAAUAUUACGUUUAUGUUCAGGCAUUACCCGCCUCUUCCUUGCCCAGCUUUGAAGUUUGUUACAAGAUACCUUUAUUUUAAAAAAAGCUGUGACAGAAAUCUGAGUCCCUGGAAAAGUUCAAAGCUGGUUAGAAGAUCUUAAAGCUCUUGAGGUAUUAUGAACUCAGAGGUGGUCACUGUUGGUCCCUCGAGCAAGGCCCUUAACUGCUCAGUUGCGCCGUUGUUAUGUACGCCGUUGUUGUGCACGAACAGGAUCUUUACAGUGUCGGCCUCUGUCACUUCCGGUCAGCUGACUGAUCACGUGAUACGGUUUAACUAAGAUGGCGUUACCCGUGUAGCUUUAUUGUUAAAGUAGACAUGGAGGUGUGUGUGUACAGCGUGUGGGUAUUAGUGUGUGUGUGUGUGAGUGUGUUGUGCGUGAGGUGUGAGGAUAAAGCGGCUCAGGACUGCGGUUGUAACACACUCCACAGACACCGAGCUGAGGAAGAGGAGGAUGAAGACGGAGGAAGAACUGUUAAAAGUCCGGUUUAUAAGUAUUCUGAAAGAGCAAAUAAAGAGUUUGUGAAUCAAGAGGACACUCUUAGUAAGAUGGUGCUGCUGCAGGGAGGUUGGUUCCUGAUGGGAACAGAUGAUCCUGGUAUCCCUCAGGAUGGAGAAGGUCCUCAGAGGCGCGUUUGGCUCGACCCGUUUUACAUCGAUGAGCACGAAGUCACGAACCUGCAGUUCCAACUUUUUACUAACACUACACACCAUGUUACAGAGGCAGAGCGUUUUGGAGACUCGUUUGUGUUUGAAGGAAUGCUGAGUGAAGAAGUGAAGAGCACUUUGAAACAUGCGGUUGCUGCUGCUCCCUGGUGGUCGCCGGUUAAAGGAGCAGACUGGAGACAUCCAGAGGGUCCAGAUUCAUCCAUAACACACAGGAUGGACCACCCGGUGCUGCACGUGUCUUGGGCUGAUGCUCAGGUGUACUGUGAGUGGGCGGGGCGCAGGUUACCCACCGAGGCUGAGUGGGAGUUUUCAUGCAGAGGAGGGCUAAAGGACAGGUUGUACCCGUGGGGGAAUAAACUGAUGCCCAGAGAGCAGCACUACGCUAACCUGUGGCAGGGAGAAUUCCCCAAUCACAACACGGCAGAGGACGGAUUCGCUCAGACGUCACCGGUAAAGAAGUUUCCCGCAAAUGCUUUUGGUCUCUAUGACAUGGUGGGAAACGUGUGGGAAUGGACCGCAGACUGGUGGAGUGUCCAUCACACCCGAGACCAUGCAUACAACCCGAAAGGACCAGAAACAGGAAGUGACCGAGUGAAGAAGGGAGGAUCCUACAUGUGUCACAAGUCGUACUGUUACAGGUACAGGUGUGCUGCUCGUAGUCAGAACACUCCUGACAGCUCGGCGUCUAAUCUCGGCUUCCGCUGUGCAGCUGAUGCCACACCCUGACCUCUGACCUCUUCUAGACUUAAUGUUAACCACGUGCUCUCGAUGUAAUGUACAGACGGAUGUUUUUUAUAUAAAUAAACUUUUUUAUAUGGUCA